AUGGCUCCUGACCCAUCCCCUUCAUCCUACUUCAACCCUGCAUUCUCUUCCCAUAACGAUCGAGAGGCAGCCGAGACCUCUCCACUGCUAGAGGUUUUGCAUCAAUAUCAGUAUGCCACUCACCGACCCAGCAAGAUCCCAAUCCGCAAGGGCAGUAAUCCCCACCACAAACACAACGACUCUGGAGUUGCACUCAGUCCUCCAGAGCCUCUACCCUGCCGCCGACCUUCCAAGGUUUUACGCGGUGGCAUCUACAAUACCGUAAUCGGGUAUGGAAGUGCUACAGAUGAAAUCAUGAGACUUCAACAUGGCCGGUCAGCUUCCAUCACAGCACAUAUCAGCGGUCGCAUCGCUGACUUCCCACGCGGCAGUGGCGUCUACAAUACUGUGACCGGCCGUGGUAGCCUGAACGACACUUCCAGGAACCGUCAAUAUGCUUCCAACGCUGUGAAAAACGUUCAAGCUGAGACCAUCUCUAGAGCAGCAGAUGUCACACACCUUACCGAUUUCUCGGAAGAGAAGCAAAAGGGCAUAUCACUCGAUGAGCCCGAGUUUGCGCCCAGAUUUCCAUUUGAUACGGGUGCUCCGGAUGAUAGUUUCCUGUUCGAGGACCCUUCAGUAGACAGCAGCCGGGAUUUAUUUCCCAUACUUGCAUCUUUCCCAGCUGUACCGCGGCCACUGGGCGAACGAUCUCCUGGAAGUGUGGAAGCCCUAAGCAAAGGAACAGUGCCAAGUUCAUCCAUUCCGACAGAUGCCGAGGUUCAGGAUAACCCAGCGCCAAAAAGCGUAGUUGUCUCGAAGGAAACUUUCAAAAAUUUUAACCUUGAAGAGCACCCGGGCCCUCCCAGCCGGGAUGACACCACUAGAAGAUCUGUCGAUAUCAGUCCCAAAACUUACGCUCGCCAAUGGACAACGGAUCCCAAGGGCUUUGGAGAAUCUAGCUUAGUCAACCCCCCUCAGCCACCCAGUGAGCCGGUCACACCGGCUGAGCUCCGUAUGGCCCAGGAGUCUGAGGUUCCAAGAGCCGACAAGAAGCAGAAGCUGUUUGGUCUCUUUUAUUUCGGAAAGGAUCAGCCGAAGGACAGCAUGCCUGGUUUUGAGCGCAAGAGACGAACCAGCAGCAUCACGUCUAAGACUCGCAACAAACUUCGAAAGCGUAGUAUAAAGGACAGCAGAGCAGAACGCAAUAACUUACGGGCCCAGACAGCGCCCACAGCAGAUCCUAGGAGGAGUUUCUCAGAAGCCGUGGUGGCUGUCGGCGCGGGAGUUCUUGGUCUCUUACACCACGAACGCAAAGAAAACAGUGUCCAUGAAGGAGAGCUAACCGCUCUUCAACAAGCUCUACAUGGUUGGAGUCACGCAUCACCUGCUUCACCGACCUUGGAAAGGUCGGCCGACCACGCGAUGACUCCAACACUCACGAGGCAUCUCGGCGGGCAGGUUACUCACCCCGGAGGCUCUGGCUCAGCUGUGCUUGCGCCUGUGGAAUGGACAGGGACAUCGACGCCAUUCGAACAUCCCCGCGAGCCCCCUAUCCCUCCUCUCCCACCCCAAUUCUCUUACAAGCAGCCGUCUCAGCCGCCACCCAGGAUUCACCACACGGCCCCGGGCCCUAGCUCAUCGACCAUUCCCAACGAGCCCCCACAACUCCCUCACCCAGUAACAGUCCAGACCCAUCUUCACGACAUUCGCGACCAAUUUGACCUCCCUACCACCACAACUACCCCUUCCAUAUCCCCCAAAACCCUCCCUGUUCUUUCAACAAGCCAUGGCAUCGAUGAGACGGCCAGCAUCGACAGCUUAAUCGCCGAUCUAGACAACACCUUACAUCCACACGACCACCCUUCAAGCUGCCAACCUCAAUCUCAACAGGCCACAGGCACCGUCACAUGCCUGACUCCAAGUCCAGCGCCAGAAAUCCCGCCCAAAUCACCAUCCCGUCUCUCACAACAGCGCGCCCACCAACCCCAUCAACCCCAGCAGCAACAGCAACAUCUAGCUGCCCCAGCCCCUCUCCGACCAGCAGUUCAAACAUACGAGACCUUCGGAUGCAGUCCCAAUCUGGGCGACAGACAACACUUUAGCAGGGCCAGUGACAUUCCCAGCAUCGCAACGGACGCACAUCUGUCAUCCCGUCACGAACCAGCCAGGGGCGAGGAGGGAAUGAGCGAGCCAGAGGUGGAGGAUACAAUUGCCGAAGACGUACUUGAUAUCUUGAGCAACCCACGGGAAUCUGCCGUCUCUCCGUUGGGAUCACGGUCUGUGUCCGAGCAUGAAGGCCAUUAUCCCGAAGGGGGAGGAGAAGAAGAAGGGGAGCACCUCGCCGAGGUGAGGAGACGAACGGGGACGAGUCCGACCGUGCCGGCUAUUAUUCUGAGACCACCUGCUGGAGUGGGCAGUGCCGGUGAAGGGGGCUCGGCUGCGGCGAGUGUUGGGUCGGUUGGGACAGAUCAAGGAAGUAAAAUGUCCAAGGCUGAGAAGAGGUGCACUGUUUCGGCGUUGGUUCCGCCGCUGGAGCUAGGGCCUGGACCGGCCAAGACAAUGCCGGCUUUAUUGCCUUUCGAAGGGAUGGAAAAAGAGAUAUCGUAUGUGACCCGGGCUAGCUCUAUCCCGACAGUUCACAGCGGUCGUAUGCCGGUGGCUGAGGAGGCGCCACUACCGAUGCCGAGGGGAGAGGUUUCGAUGAAGGUCAUGCAUAGAUGCGUGUUUUGUGGGAGGGAGAAUGAUAUUAGUGCAUACUUCAGGGGUCUGGAGAUUAAGGUUGAGAAGCAAAAUGAGGACUAG